CCAAAUGAUCUCAUAUUCCCCCAGUUGAUAGAGUCAGUCUCACUUAGUUUCUCGACGUGAUAAGUUCAUUAUUUAUUAUUGUAUCCAAACAUUAAGUGCUUACAUUAAGUUAAACAAAUUCGACUCAAUCAAUAUGGUAUCUGUACAAUUUGUUGUAGCAGUUUUGGCCUUUGGUGCUGUAGCAGCUUUAGCUGAGAAACAAACACCAAUUGUGGCUAUUGCUAGUAUUCAAGGAAGCGAAGGUAAAGUAAAAGGUAAUGUUACAUUUACACAAAAUGCCUGUGGCGAAAAUGUUUACAUUCGAGUUUAUAUAACUGGGCUGUCACCUGGAAAGCAUGGAUUCCAUGUGCAUGAGAAGGGAGAUUUAACCAAUGGAUGUGCUAGUACUGGUGGACAUUAUAAUCCUGACAAGAUGAACCAUGGUGCACCUGAAGACGAAAUUCGUCAUGUUGGAGAUUUGGGCAAUGUUAUGGCCGAUGAAUCAGGAACAGUCGAUACAACCCUUACUGACCACGUCAUCACUUUGACCGGCAAACGAGCAAUCAUUGGACGUGGUCUAGUGAUCCAUGAUGGAGUUGAUGAUUUGGGCAAGACUCAACACCCCGACUCAAAGAAAACCGGAAAUGCUGGUGGCCGUGCUGGCUGCGGUGUAAUCGGACUCAAAUCGGACCUUGAUGAAUAUCCAUGCAGUGGAACUGAGAAAACACAUGGAUGGAGAAAUUCAAUUAUUGUCAUUUUAGUUGCAUCAGUCUUUAAAGCUUUACUUUAAAAGGUUGUGAAGAAAUGAAGAGAUUAUACCUUUUGAAUUGCUCAUGAACAUCUUUAAAUGUAUAAAUCAUUAUAGCCAAAAUGAUAAAAUUGCAAUUUAACAUUUUUGUAAAUAUUUAAACCUUUUUUAAAAAUACUUUUCACUGAAUUGUGAAACCAAAUGUGACCUAUAAAUGCUAAUUUGGAGAAAAUUUUUUUCUAGAGUAAAAUUAUCUCAUGAAUUGCAAAUAUAACUUUGAAUUUAUUAUUAUGUAUACCGGAUACGUAUUCCUCUCUAUGUCAUAUUCUUUAAAGUAUUUAUGCAAUUUUGAAAUAUAUAUAUUUUUUUGAAUA